GAAGUAAAUACAUAUCUGAAGGAGAGAGGGGACACUUAAUUUGAACUGACUGAUACAACUUCAUUCUGUCGUCACACACACUUUCCUGCUUCUCCGGACCACCUUUAUUAGGAGACUCUGCCGGGAACGACUAUUUACACACUUAUCGGGACAUUUAGUGAAAGAAUGGCAGAGAAGGUGCUGGUCACAGGUGGAGGAGGCUACAUUGGGAGUCACUGUGUGGUGGAGCUCAUUGAAGCAGGUUUCCAGCCAGUCGUGGUAGAUAACUUCAGUAACUCUGCUAGAGGAGAAGGGGAUGUGCCAGAAAGCAUACGUAGGAUAGAGAAGCUCUUGGACACCAGCAUUGAGUUUCAUGAACUCGAUCUUUUGGACCAACCUGGCUUGGAGAAACUCUUCAAAAAGCAUUCUUUCAGUGCGGUGAUGCACUUUGCUGGUCUGAAGGCUGUUGGCGAGUCAGUGGAGAAGCCGUUACACUACUACAGAGUCAACCUCACCGCCUCCAUGAACCUGCUCGAGGUGAUGCAGGCUCACAGCGUGCACAAUCUGGUCUUCAGCAGCUCGGCCACGGUGUAUGGAGACCCUCAGCACCUUCCCAUCGACGAGCAGCACCCCGUGGGCGGCUGCACCAAUCCCUACGGCCAGUCCAAGUAUUUCAUUGAGGAGAUGAUCAAGGACCUCUGUAAAGCUGAGAAGGACUGGAAUGCAGUGCUGCUGCGUUAUUUCAACCCAAUUGGAGCUCAUGUUUCUGGCCUGAUCGGAGAGGACCCUCAGGGUAUCCCCAACAACCUGCUGCCAUAUGUUGCCCAGGUUGCCAUUGGGAGACGAAAGUUCCUCAGUGUAUACGGGAACGAUUAUGACACACUUGACGGGACAGGUGUGCGAGAUUAUAUCCACGUCGUCGAUCUGGCAAAAGGACACAUAGCAGCUCUGAAGAAGCUGAAGGACGACUGUGGCUGCAAGGUUUACAACCUGGGAACAGGGACGGGCUACUCUGUGCUCCAGAUGGUGAAAGCCAUGGAGAAGGCAUCAGGGAAAGAGAUCGCAUACAAAAUCGCUCCACGUAGGGAAGGAGACAUCGCAUCCUGCUAUGCUGACCCUCGUCUAGCCCACAAGGAGCUCGGCUGGAAGGCCAAAUUUGACCUGGAAACAAUGUGUGAGGAUCUGUGGCGCUGGCAGUCCAAGAACCCCUCUGGAUUUUCCAAUGGCACAUCCUCUUGAUGCUGUUAGAUCCUCUCCUAAAUCCUCUCCUAAAUCACCGGGCCAAAGCGAACCAUCAACUUCCUAAUUUUCCUCAUAUUAUCAUAUAAACUUGUGAUUGAGCUGAAUGCUUUAUGUUUUGUCAUGUUUAACUUUCUAUUUGUUCUAUAUUAAUAGUUAUCUUAUUUACUAUUUAGUGUAAAAGAAAUGUAUAAAAAUGUCUUUCUGAUUUCUCUGUGUUGUAAUUUCAAGUUAACAAUGGGUAUUUUUUCUAUUAAUGUAUUGAUCUGUGAUCCAUCAAACAAUGAAAGAAUAAAUACAUUUUCUUACUGA